GCGACCGAGUCGCGUCGACGAGCAGCACGCACAAAUUUAUGAGGAUCGAUGAGAUCAAUAUCUGAUUGUGUGGAACCAGAUAAUUUUCCGAAAUCCAGUCAUAAACAUCACUUGGUCUUGGAGUAGUAGGCAGAGCUCAACAUCCUGCAUACUAAAUUUAUUUAUUUGAUCAGAGGGAACUGGACACAACAAUUUUCCAGUAAGAUAUAGAAACCUUCUCAUGUAGAGGAAACCAAGGAAUUAGAGAAAUUUUCUCUAUACCAACUUUCAGAUGCUAAAAGCCAAGACAGCUUAUGCGAGAGCUGAACAAAUAAGUUGAAGAUCUCAUUGUUCAUAUGAUGAUUGGAUUCUUUGGUGACUCAUCAUCGGGAGUUGGAUACUGAAUGGACUUUUAUCAUGGCAGUGUUUGAAAAGAGGAAAUCAUCUAAACUGACACUUGAUGACACUAUUACAUUGACAUGUAGCAUUGAAGCAGCACAGAACUUGGAAAGUCAUACUGACUAUGUAAUACGUGUCCAAAGGGGCCCCAACCCUGAAAACAGCUGGCAGAUCAACAGAAGAUACAGCGACUUUGUAACCCUGCAUGAUGGGUUGAAAGUGAGUGGUAUGGAGCUUGGCCUGCCACCCAAGAAAGUCUUUGGCAAUAUGGAAAGAGAGUUUAUAGCCGAGAGACAGCAGGCCUUGCAAGGCUACUUGAACAGGAUUCUUUCACAUCAGCUCCUAUCAUCAUGCUUUCUUGUGAAGAGGUUCCUAGACCCUACAAAUUAUGCUCCAAACAGUGUCGAGGAUGCUCUACAGCAUGUGUCAAUGUUUUUCCGGUCUGAGCCCCAUUGGGAUGUAGUAGAGCCACUGAGAGAUAUUGGGUGGAGAAUUAGGAAAACUUAUUUCAUGGUCAGACCAAAAAGCCAACCCAAAGUGAAGCAAGUUCUGGCAUGGAGUUACUAUGGUCCAGACAAAGACCUAGACUACAAAGACCUAGUGCCUAUCAUGAAACUCUUGCCAACCAUCCAGCAUCCCUUCAUCUACCCUGUCACCUAUGUCUCUGCCAGUGACUCAGGUGGACUAGCCAUACGUACAUUCCACGGUACAGGAACACUCAAAGAUUUCAUCUGUAAGGCAAAACCGAAAGCACAUUAUAUGAAAAAGUACUGCCUGCCCAAGUCUUACACUGCUUUCAAUAUAAUGAAUAUCAAGUCGUACGGUCGGAUGAUAUUAGAGGCUUUGAAGUUCCUUCACGAGAAGGGCUUACCGUACGGUCACCUACAUGCAGGGAAUGUGAUAUUAGAAGGGAAUGCUUGCAGAUUGUUGGACAUAGAGAAUACUCUUUUAGGGCUGCCAUUCUUCUAUAGGGGAUACCUGUCACACUUCAGAAAAAUAAAUACGACCGAAGCUGUUGAUGUGUAUUCCUUUGGUCAUGUUCUCUAUGAGAUGACGUUUGGAUCUCCCUUGAACGUUGCCUCAAAAGAUGACUUCCCUCACACGAUACCUCCCCCAAUCAAAUCUGUGCUAGAAUCCAUCCUAACGACAGAGGCCUGCAAGACCAAGUUACCAACAGUUGAUGAUCUUCUUGCUGACCCACUGUUUUCAGAUGUUACUUUCCCGGAGAGAGACAGACCGCAGUUUAGGAUACCUAGUAAGCUGAAGGAACCCCUCAAAGCUGCCAAAUCAGAGGUGGAGAAAAGGCUACAGGAAGAUUCUAGAGUGGUCUCUUCCUUCCGACGGUUGUCCAAGGCCCAGGCCCAUCAUAACUCGGACGAGGAGAAACGGAGAAGAAAGAAGGCGCAUCUAAAGAAGAGGAUGUCAGAACAAAACAUCGGAGAAGCCAACAACUCCACUCCACCUGCACAAACUAAUGGCAACCAUGCUGGAAAUGGUGCUGUUCCUACUCCCCCUCCCCCGUCGACCCCUGCCCAGCCCCCUCCAGAAUCCAAAACGAAACAUCAUAGAAAAAAGGGUCAUAAAAAAGGUCAAAGUUCCGAGCGCUCCAGCUCCACCUCCACCACCAAGUCAAGGUCCUGCUCCACCUCCAGUCAGCUCCAAUCAGCCUCCUGAACGAGGAGCUCUCCUCAGCUCCAUCAGCGGCUUCAACAAGGGAGGAUUAAAGAAGACCCAAACCGCUGACAAAAGUGGCCCAAAAGUAUAGAUCGACAUAUCACUGGCAGGGAAUGCUUAGGCAAAUCCAAGUAGUUAGUUGGUCAUUUGGUGUCCAAUACGUUACCUAGUAUUGCAGAGUUUGGCUAUAGCAUGGUUUAGGGAACCACUCACUCGUUUAGCAUGCACACACUUGUGUAUAGUCUGUAGACCCUAUUUCUCUAUGGAGUGGGAAAGAGGAGACCAAUGCGUGGGAUAAAGUGAAGCGCUUGUUUGCGAAGGUUGAAUCCUAUUUCAUGAUAAUGCCAAGAGUUGUGAACAUAAAUUGACAUCAAAUGUGACAUAUGUCACUUCAUAUAUGGUCUGAUCUAAGCUCCAGCGAGGCUAUUGACUUUGUAAAGAUUGAUGAGGUUCACUAAAAUCUGAGAUAUAGUCGAUUAGUCGGUAACGUAAGAGACAUAAUAUCUUGGUCUUACCCACAUAUCAUGAAGCUGUCGUAUUCCAUAUGUCAUCACUGAUAUAUAAUUUAUUAGUAAUGUAUUGUAAUAAUUAACAUUGUCUUAGCCAUCACUACAUUUAUACCAAUCAUGUGGCGGUAUAAACAUAACUUGACAUCGAAUGUGAUUGCCACUUCGUAUUCGGUAUGGUCAAAGCUGUAUUAGAGCUAUUAUAAUCAGAUAAUUACUAUGAUCUGAGAUGCGAUCAGUAACAUACGGGACAAAAUAGCCUGGACUUGCCUACAUAUAUUGUAGCUGUCAUUAUGUGCCAUAUUCUAUUUGUCAGUGAUAUAUGAAUUUAUUAGUUAAUCAUUAAUAUCCAUUUAUUAGUUUAUCAUUAAUAUCCACACAUCAAUGAUCGAUAUGACCAUAAGUGUAAUACCACUGGGGGGGGGGGGGGGAGAUAUAGGUAGAGAGUACAUGUAAUCUUGAGCUGUUUGGUAGUGCCAAAAGAAUUACUACCACAUCAUAAUCUUUUUGUAUGAUGAUUUCUCUUAUUUAGAGUCAACAGGCUAAGUUGUCGUAAAGACAUAAAGAGCCAGCUAUCUAGAAAUACAAAUUUCUUUUUUUUUAUUUUGGCUUUGAAAUAGUAAUCAUAAUCAGCUCUACCAACAGUGAGUUUAUUUUUAAAGUUUACUAAAUUACACAAUUUUAUCUGAAAACUGCCAAGCAGAUGUAUUGUGUAUAUUUGAAAUUUUUUGAUUCAGUGAUUGAUUUUAAAACUUCUCCCUUUUUAUACAAUAUUUAUUUUCCUGUUAUUACAUUCUUUAUCAUCAACAAAAAUGUCAACCACAACUUCCUCGUCAUUAUCAACAUCAAUGUCAUCAUCAUCAUCAUCAUCAUCACAACAUAUCUCCAUUUAUCUUCAUAUACCCUUCUAAAAUGAACUUCCCCAUAAAAUGUAUAUUCUGAGUUUAUAUUACCCAUGAUUUAUCUUCAUGGUGUUACUUUAGAAAGCAUUCCAUCAUAAUAUUCCUUUCAUAUUUUGUAUAUAUUUAUAUUAUAUUUGUGUAUCAGAAUUUAUUUUAAAAUAUUAUUUUUUUAUUUUUACUUUUUAUAGUUUUGACUAUCAAGUAUCAACCUUUCUAAAACCUGAUGUUGAACACAAUGGUUGAUGUUUGUAAAAGUGUACUAGUAUAGUUCCAACUAUGUCUUUAGAGUAAGUCCACUUGUGUUUGUGGAGCUAGGAUUGUUAAUCUCUUAGCCUUUGACAAAUUUGCAUAAUUCUGUGAUUAAAUCAACAUAAUGAAUGUUUCAUUGAAAUCAAAUUCUCAUUUGCAUUUGUAGCUGGAAAUUUUGUAUAGAGUAAUUCAAGUACAGGACUACACUAUGCCUCAUGUGUACAGAAUGAUAAUGUUGACAAUCUAUCCCCCAUUAAUGAGAAGAAUAGUCUGUCAGUUAUAAUUACAUCAGUGUUUAUUUAGAAUAAAAACCUUUUUUAAUGCUUUUAUGCUAUAUGUUUCAUCUUGUGUGACAAUGAAUUUAUGUCUGGUUUUUGAGAUAUAUCAUUCAUUCUUACGUGUAAUUGUGUUACACAUACACACACAAACAAAUUGCAAUUGAUGUUUGACAUGUUGAACAUUUUAUGAUUGAUGUAUUACUAUCUGUUUAUAGAUGCAUUAUGGAAUUAACUGAUAUAUUAUAUCUUUAUUUACGAUUAUUUCAUCAUUUGUUUAUGUCAGUGGAACCCUGAACUUGAAGUACCAAAGAAUACAAAGAAUUUUGUAUUUUGACAUGAAUGUGUUUCAGAUUUUCAUUUUUGUUGUUGGAAUGAUCAGCUGCCCAUAUUCAAGGAAAAUCAUUAUGUAAUAGCAAUUUUCAAUUAGAAAAUUGUUUUCAUUAUAUGCUUAUUGGUAUCUUGAAAACAAGAUAAGUUCAGUAAAGAGAGUAUCAUUUCCAUGUGUGUGGUUUAAAGUUAGAAGUCUUGUAUUUAACUAAGAUGAUAGUCCAAGUUUUUACCUUUUACUGUCUUUUCUUCUUAAAAUGAUGACAAUAGAUGUAUCAUAUUUUCUGGCCACACAUGCUACACACACAUGUUUACUAAUUAGUUAAUACAGAAUACUGCUUUUAUUGUUUAAAAUUUGAGUAUACAAAACAUAACUUAAUAUGUGACUAGUUUCUGGUUAUGAUUUUUACAUGAAAUAAUGUUGGUUCAGAUCAUUGAAAUAGGUUAUAAUCUUUUUUAUAUAUAGUUCUCUGUAAUAUAAUCAUAGUCAUUUAUGAUGUUAUAACUCCCUUUCUCUCUCUCUUUCUUACCCCCCCCCCCCCCCCCCCCCUAUUUCUUUGGAAUAACAAAUUGAUUUAACCAAUUAGUUGUAAGCCCGAGACAGGCCAGAGGGAUUAAUGUUUGAGAACAUACAAAUUUUAAGCUUAUACUUUUUUGUGGGGGGGGGGGGGGGGGAGGGGGAUUAUUUACAUGAUAUUGGAUGUAGACAUCUGUACAUAUACCACAUUUGUACUGUUAUUAUAGGUUUAAAUUCAUUUAUGUGAAUAUGUUGUGCAUUCGUGUUUACAAUUCAUUUAAAACAAAUUGUAUCAUGUUUUUUCAUAUGACAACUCAAAAUAUGACAAAUUGAUAAUCAAUGUAAACUGCAGAAAUGUUCCUAGGUCAUAACUUUUUAGUUACAAAGUACCUCUUUCAAAAUGUAAGAGUUUUUUAAUCCUUCAUGGAAGAGAUUUAAGGAAAUCAGUUUCUCAAUAUGUUAUGGGAAUUUCUUUUCUAUGUCAUCACAGAAUGUAGUGAACAUUGUACAUUUUGUAAUUUGAAGAAGACUUUAUUUUCUUCCUAGAAUUGUGACUAUAUUUUGAUAGCUAUACUUGCAUUGUUUGUUGUAUUUUUCUAUGAUAAUGUUGUUUUUUCAUUGUCUUUGAAAUCACUGUAAAAGUUAAAGAUUUCGUGUUGUGCAACACAAGAAUGUUUAUACUAAAUUUAUAGACAAAUAAAGGUAUAUACAGAAAUUCUAUCAUA